AUGUUAAUCUGUAUUCUGAAUUCAUCGGAAAUAUUUGCUCUUUUAUUAUACGAGUUUUCAAUAUCACGUUACAUUGAUUAUGGUAGUAGUAGUAGUAGUAGUAGUAGUAGUAGUAGUAGUAGUAGUAGUAGUAGUAGUAGUAGUAGUAGUAGUAGUAGUAGUAGUAGUAGUAGUAGUAGUAGUAGUAGUAGUAGUAGUAGUAGUAGUAGUAGUAGUAGUAGUAGUAGUAGUAGUAGUAGUAGUAGUAGUAGUAGUAGUAGUAGUAGUAGUAGUAGUAGUAGUAGUAGUAGUAGUAGUAGUAGUAGUAGUAGUAGUAGUAGUAGUAGUAGUAGUAGUAGUAGUAGUAGUAGUAGUAGUAGUAGUAGUAGUAGUAGUAGUAGUAGUAGUAGUAGUAGUAGUAGUAGUAGUAGUAGUAGUAGUAGUAGUAGUAGUAGUAGUAGUAGUAGUAGUAGUAGUAGUAGUAGUAGUAGUAGUAGUAGUAGUAGUAGUAGUAGUAGUAGUAGUAGUAGUAGUAGUAGUAGUAGUAGUAGUAGUAGUAGUAGUAGUAGUAGUAGUAGUAGUAGUAGUAGUAGUAGUAGUAGUAGUAGUAGUAGUAGUAGUAGUAGUAGUAGUAGUAGUAGUAGUAGUAGUAGUAGUAGUAGUAGUAGUAGUAGUAGUAGUAGUAGUAGUAGUAGUAGUAGUAGUAGUAGUAGUAGUAGUAGUAGUAGUAGUAGUAGUAGUAGUAGUAGUAGUAGUAGUAGUAGUAGUAGUAGUAGUAGUAGUAGUAGUAGUAGUAGUAGUAGUAGUAGUAGUAGUAGUAGUAGUAGUAGUAGUAGUAGUAGUAGUAGUAGUAGUAGUAGUAGUAGUAGUAGUAGUAGUAGUAGUAGUAGUAGUAGUAGUAGUAGUAGUAGUAGUAGUAGUAGUAGUAGUAGUAGUAGUAGGAGUAGGAGUAGUAGUGAAUAG